AUGACUGGCGAUCGUUUUUCUCAACUAUUAGAGGCCAAACUGGGUCCGAAUCCAUCACUCAAUCUGCAGAACAAUGCCGAUCGUCGUCCUCGAGCGUCCUUGGUCUCGCAAUUGGGACCAACCACUGAGACAGAAGAUAUGUCUACAUUCGACCGGGCGGGUAUAGAGCAGGUCCUCAGGGACUAUUCCGGAACUCAGACACCAUCCGAAGCCAUCAGUACCAUGCUUCAUCCGCAACAAUACGGUAUGCUGAGCCUGCUGAGCGUCGACGAAAACAACAUGUCCCGAGCGGUCCCCUCGUCUGAAGCCUAUUCGUUCUCCGGGGGACAUUCACAAUUCGUCCCAUCUUCUGCCCCUCCGUCCAGCAACAAUCAUCCGCCCCCGCCCCCUCGCAACGACCUUCAGACGUCUAAUCUCCCAGCGUACCUCGUUCAAUCCCAACUCGCUCCCUUCACCGACCUAUUUUCGCAUCCCUUCCAGUCGACUUCCAAUCAUUCACCGCAUAACGUGCGACUAGACCCAGGUGCGCCUGCUACUCCGCUAUCGCGUGGUGAUGCUGUAGACGGAUCAUGGGCCAUGGAACUCUUGAAAGGAUACAAGAGUGCUCAAAAUCGGCUGCAAUUUCCCGAUCGGGGUACCCAGGUCGAUCACGCCGUCAGCCUGCCCCAUCCUGUCAAGAAAGCACAUUCUCAACAUACUCAAGCCACUCCUUCUCGUUCACAUCCACCUACGUCUCCAGCUCAAGAUGCCGCGAGGCGUUCUACGAGUCAGACUUCAAGACGCUCACCUCGCCAAUCACGCGACAAUUCACAAGGUUCGUCGGACGAAUCAGCGUAUGAACCGAAAGGCCGAAAGAGAAGGACUAUAUCGUCUUCGCGUUCCGUCAAGAAGGAAUCUGCCGCGACAGUCGAGGAAGAUGGUGAGAAGAAGCCAGUUAUCGCUUGUCACAUGUGUCGAGCUAGAAAGCUCAAAUGUAAUGGUGUCCGACCGAAGUGCGCCAACUGUGUACGCCGGAAUGAAGAUUCCUGCGAGUAUGAUACCGUGCUGAGGCGAAGAGGUCCAGGGAGAAAUAACAAAAAGGAUCGGAGGUCUCGGACUGGUGGAGCUGUGGCCACUGGUCGUGCUCGUGGUCGAGGACAGGUCGAUUCUUCAAUGGAUCGAUUGACUCCUCAUGGGACCGAAGAGGGCAGCGAUAUGACGCUUUUGGGAAUGGGGAAUAUCAGCGCACAUCGACAAUAG